CUUCACCUUCAGACGAGGCGGAGUGGAAAAAAAAUCGGUACCUUUGAGCAGCCCUCAUGGCAGAAAGUCAAGGAAGUAGAGCUCCGAGAGGAAGAAGAAGCAGCAAGGAGCGUCCUCCACACUUCAGACUGGUUCUUGUUGGGAAGACUGGAGCAGGGAAAAGUUCCAGUGGAAACACCAUCCUGGGAAAAGUUGCCUUCACUGCAGACAUCAGUCAGUCCUCAGUAACCGGACAGUGCUGUAAAGAGGGAGCGGAAGUGUUCGGCAGAGAAUUGAGCAUCGUUGACACCCCUGGCCUCUUUGACACAGCGUUAUCUGAACAUGCUGUAAAGAGGGAGAUCUCUAAGUGUAUCAACAUGUCGGCCCCGGGGCCCCAUGCCAUCUUACUGAUCAUCAAGUUGGGACGCUUCACCAGUGAGGAGCAACAUGCUGUGAAGCAGGUGGAGGAAAUCUUUGGAGAUGAUGCCUGGAAGUACACCAUCAUAAUCUUCACUCAUGAUAAUCAAAAUGAGACAGUCAUCCAAACACAGUUGCAGAAAGCUGGACCCAAGCUGCAGGAGAUCCUGAGGAAAGUGGAAAACAGGUACCACCUUCUUAACAACAGCAAGACCAACAAUCGCAGUCAGGUUCUAGACCUGCUGGAAAAGCUGGAGGAGAUGGUUGUUGCCAAUGGAGGACAGUAUUAUACCAACUACACCUACUUGAAGGUGGUAGAAAUGCUGGAUAAGAGAGAGUCACAACUAAGAGAGAUGUACCAGGAGAAACUGCAGGAUGAAAUCAAAGCUAUGGAGUCUAAGUAUGAGAAAAAACUAAUGGACGCUCAGCAGGAGAAACAGCAGGUGGAGAACCGACUACAGGCUGAGCUGAACGAACUAAAACGCUACUAUAAAGCUUUAGAGAGUGGAGCCCGUCUGGUUGUAGAGCAGACUGUAGAGACAGACUCCAUUGAAGACAUAGUCAAGUACCUCGAGACCCUAAAACUGAAUCUGACUUCAUAAAGUUUCAUUGACUGUUUCUGAACCUUAAGCUCAAACUAACAUCAUGUAACAGCGGGAGAUCAAAUACAUAGACAUAUAUAUACGUAGCAUGAGCGGGGAAGAGGCGUGCUGACAGAGCAGCCAUCUUGGACACAGAAUAUGCACUGGUUAGGAAAGGUGGAAUUGCAUAAUCUUAAUUACUCUUAAUUCAGUGAAUUUUCAGUCGAUUUAUAGGCAAAUUGGUUGAUUGAAAACGUCACUCUUUUAGGCAUUGUGUGGGACUAUUUGAUUUAAUUAAAUGUUUGUUUAACCACAAAUACAAAGUCCUAACAUAAAGUUGGAGUUUUGGUUCUAGUCUAAAUAAAUAAAUAUAAUCCAAAUAAAGGUUAUCAUACAAUG